CCCCUCCCCUCGCUCCCCCCUCGGCUCUCUCCUCCCCUCCCGGCCCAUUCACUGGGCUGCGGCGAGACCUCGCCCCUCCUCCGCGCCCGCCUCCCCGCCGCCGCCGCCUCCUCUUAAUUGAGCAUCUCUGCCUUGCUUUCAAUGGGCCGCUGCUGCUGUCGCUGCUGCUCUCCUUCUCCGCGCGGGUUGUGGAUGUUGUCGGCUCCGUGUUGUGAUGACGGGAGAAUGUGUGUGUGUCCCGGGCCCAGACGGAUUGGAAUCCCAGUCAGAACGUCCAGUCUGCCCCUGUUCUCUGAUGUCAUGCCAGCACCAACUCAACUGUUUUUCCCUCUCAUCCGUAACUGUGAACUGAGCAGAGUCUAUGGCACUGCGUGUUACUGCCACCACAAGCACCUCUGCUGUUCACCUCCGUACGUCCCUCAGGGUCGUCUGAGGUGCACACCCCACCCAGCGUAUGCCACCUUUUGUAGGCCGCCGAGGGAGAGCUGGUGGCAGUGUACUCAAGGAAGGAGAUACGCUUCUACACCGCAGAAAUUUUACCUCACACCUCCACAAGUCAACAGCAUCCUGAAGGCCAAUGAAUACAGUUUCAAAGUGCCGGAAUUUGAUGGCAAAAAUGUCAGCUCCAUUCUUGGAUUUGACAGCAAUCAGCUGCCCGCAAACGCACCCAUCGAGGACCGGAGAAGUGCAGCCACCUGCUUGCAGACCAGAGGGAUGCUUCUGGGCGUGUUUGAUGGUCACGCGGGCUGUGCUUGUUCCCAGGCAGUCAGUGAAAGACUCUUCUAUUAUAUUGCUGUUUCCUUGUUACCCCAUGAGACUUUGCUAGAGAUUGAAAAUGCAGUGGAGAGUGGUCGGGCCCUGCUACCUAUCCUUCAGUGGCACAAGCACCCCAAUGAUUACUUCAGUAAGGAGGCGUCCAAGUUGUAUUUCAACAGCUUGAGGACUUACUGGCAAGAGCUUAUAGACCUCAACACUGGAGAGUCAGCUGAUAUUGAUGUUAAGGAGGCUUUAAUUAAUGCUUUCAAGAGACUUGACAACGACAUUUCCUUGGAGGCUCAAGUCGGUGAUCCUAAUUCUUUUCUCAAUUACCUGGUGCUCCGGGUGGCCUUUUCUGGGGCUACAGCUUGUGUGGCCCACGUAGAUGGUGUUGACCUCCAUGUGGCUAACACUGGUGAUAGUAGAGCCAUGCUAGGUGUGCAAGAAGAGGAUGGCUCCUGGUCAGCAGUCACGCUCUCCAAUGACCACAAUGCUCAGAACGAAAGCGAACUAGCACGUCUGAAACUGGAGCACCCAAAGAAUGAGGCCAAGAGCGUGGUAAAGCAGGACCGGCUGCUUGGCUUGCUGAUGCCUUUCAGGGCUUUUGGAGAUGUCAAGUUCAAGUGGAGCAUUGACCUUCAAAAGAGAGUGAUAGAGUCUGGCCCAGACCAGUUGAAUGACAAUGAAUAUACCAAGUUUAUCCCUCCUAACUAUCAUACACCUCCUUACCUCACAGCUGAGCCAGAGGUAACUUAUCACCGGUUAAGGCCACAGGAUAAAUUCCUAGUGUUGGCGACUGAUGGGUUGUGGGAGACCAUGCAUAGACAGGAUGUGGUUAGGAUUGUGGGUGAGUACUUAACUGGCAUGCAUCACCAACAGCCAAUAGCUGUAGGUGGGUACAAGGUGACUCUGGGACAGAUGCAUGGCCUUUUAACAGAGAGGAGAGCAAAGAUGUCAUCAGUCUUUGAGGAUCAGAACGCAGCAACCCAUCUCAUUCGCCAUGCAGUAGGCAACAAUGAGUUCGGAGCUGUCGAUCAUGAACGGCUCUCUAAAAUGCUUAGUCUUCCUGAAGAGCUUGCUCGGAUGUACAGAGAUGACAUUACAAUCAUUGUAGUUCAGUUCAAUUCUCACGUCGUAGGGGCAUAUCAAAACCAGGAACAGUGAGUGAUGUUACCCUGGCAGUUCUCCAGUUCGAAGGGCAGAUCAACAUUUGAAAGAGACUAACAGUAAAUAUUCCAGUGGUUCAUUCUAAACACUUCACAUUGAUACCCUAGCUAGCCCAGUAUUCCAGAUUGACUGUGCAACAUGAGAGCAUUAUGAUUGUCUGUCUUAUCCUGUUGGACCUUAAGGUACCUGCACUGGAGGCAGCUCGGUUCCUUACUACAGGUGUCUUGUAAACAGUGACUUAAGAAUGUGAAGAUUGGCAGAUAAGGUCAAAAGCAAGGAUUUUUCUGGGAAUAUUAGCAAAGGCAAAAAAAAAAAAAAAGCCAUUACCAUCCCCAUCUGCAGAUUCCCUCCAUCAUAAGGAUCUAUUGUUCAUGAGAAUAUUUAGUUACUGCAUGAAUUUUUUUUUUAAGAUAAAUAGUCCACGUACUAUUCACAUACAUUUAUUUUAGCCUGAAGUAUUUUUUUGGGUCCAUUGUUUUAAGCCAUAAGUGACCAUGAACCAAUAAAUCUGGGUUUGUAAGUUUUUGUGCAAUUAAAAUGUUUUCAAAUGGAAAAAAUUAUAAACUGCUCUUCCUUCCUCAUUCAUGAUUUCCUCAGUGUAACUGAGAUAUUUUGUUUUGCUACACCUAAAACACAAUAAAGGUUCUUAGUUUAUGUAUCCUUCUAGUGUUCUAAUAAAUGUUACCUAAAGGGAAAAUGCUUUUCCAGUUUGUAUUCAUGAAAAGCUUUAUUUAGUUUGAAAUAAAGAUACUCAGAAUGAAAAGAGACUGCUCUGUUUAAUUCUUGUCACCUGUAGCUACCAGCAUGUCACUGUUCUGUAGUCCCCAAAGUCUUGGCAAGCUGUGUGUGUGGUUGGUAAACAAACAGCUGCUGAGAAAUUGUUUCUUUAUUUGUGAUAGGAGUUUCAUGAAUUUUGGAACUUUAAGAAUAACAUGUAAUAAGUUUAAAUAUCAAUUUGAGUAGUAAGAUUUUAAUAUAUUUGAGAACAUUUUUUGUUUGUCCCCACUUAAGUCAAUAAAAUAAUUGGACUUAAAUCAUUAAAUGCUUUAAACAUACUGUGGCUUGUAAUAUAUGUGUUAAGAUGUAUACAUGAGAAACUCUAAAUAGUAACCUAUGCAUGCCUGAUACACAACACUUAGUAGUGUCAAGUAUUUGCCGCAGUUUCCGUAAUUACCUGCAGUCCUUUCCAAUACUGUCUUAAAGUAAAUUAAAAUAAAUAGAUUCAAGUAGGCUUUUUAGGAGUUUAUUUGAUGUACAUCAAAUGAUAGUUUUGUUCCUGCAUUCAAUGGUGAUCUCUGUAUAGCUGUGCAUAUGUUCCCAUCACUUAUUCACUAUUAAAAAAAAAAAAAGCUAUGACUUUGUUUAAAAUUCACAUAAGUUUUUAUACAAAACAUGAUUAGUCUAUGUUGUGUAAUUAGUUGGGAAUAUAGGAAUCUUUUCAGAAUUCUGCAAGAUAUGAACUAUGUGUUCAAGGACUGCAUCGUGAAUCCUAAAUCAAUAUAUAUGGCAGUAUUGGCUGCAAACUUAGGUCUAAAUAAAAGUAGACUCAGGAAGAUUGCGUCUCAGAACAUCAUAGAAUUUGUUUUCUGAAGUACUUUCUGGGUUUGUUUUUCUAAGUCAACUUUUUAAAUGCCACUUUUUAUUUUGGAGGGGGGAAGACUGACAUACUUCUAAAUUGGGACAUCGAGGAUGAAAAUGUAUACUACGGCAUGAAACCCAUUUUUAGGACUGUUUGGAAUUGCUUUUGGAGAGUUGUGUUACAUGCUGACUAAUGUCGUGUCUCAGUGUAAUACAGAGAGAAUCAAGUUUGUUCUCUGUGCUUGUGAAAAGACAGCAAUCCUUAUUCCCCAAGAAGUUUUAUUUACAGUCUGAAAGCCAGCCAACUUGUAUAGAAAUGAGAAUGUGAUGUCAAAAUAAAAAUAACUGGUUAUUCAAAAACUUUUAGGUACUGUUACUUAAAAGCAGUUGUGACUUUAUUGUAACUUGUCAUAAUUGUGACAUGUCUAGAAGUAAAGUCAGUUUGUGUAAAUUUUCAUGAAAUUUAGUCUUAAACUUGUUUCAUUUAUACUUUGUUACAUGUGUUCAAUUUCUGUAUGUAUAUUUAGUCAGUGCUUCAUGUUACAUGUAAUAUGCCCUGAACUACUUAAAAAGGAAUGGUGGUACCGUGCUUGGUUCAAAUGCUGUCGAUGAGAGAAAUGCCCACAGUGAAUUAAAGCUUUAUAUCUGCUUUCUGA